GGCGGAACAGCGCGUUUUAUUUUUACUUUCAAAACUUUCACUUAUUUUUAAUUUAAAAACCAAACAAACGAUAAAUUCCUGUUUUUAAUAUAAACAUUAAAUAAUGAACCGCGGCCACUUCCACGUCAAACAAGCGACACCCGUGAAUCCUACAUUUCCCAUGUUACCCUGCGCACACGUGGAAGUGCGUCAUCACCCGUGACCUUGGCCUCCUGCUCACUCGGGUUUCCAGCCGGCGCAGAGGACGAGCAUGGCGGGUAAAGAGCCCGGGGGUUUCCUGCAGCAGCUGCGGCAGAUCGCAGGCAGGAUGUCGUCUGGUCCUCGAGGAGCGGGACUCGGUGUCAAACUGCUGAUCGGAGCCGGAGCUCUGGCUUACGGAGUGAAGGAAGCCACAUACACAGUCGAAGGAGGACAGAGAGCGAUCAUCUUCAACAGGAUCGGAGGGAUGCAGAUGGACACGGUGCUCGCCGAGGGACUCCACUUCAGGAUACCCUGGUUCCAGUAUCCCAUCAUCUACGACAUCCGAGCCAAACCCAGAAAGAUCUCCUCGCUCACCGGAAGCAAAGACCUUCAGAUGGUGAACGUCACACUGCGAGUUCUGUCCAGGCCGCUGGCGUCCAACCUGCCCACCCUCUACCAGCACCUGGGACAGGACUACGACGAGCGCGUCCUGCCCUCCAUCGUCAACGAGGUGCUGAAGAGCGUGGUGGCGAAGUUCAACGCCUCGCAGCUCAUCACUCAGAGAGCGCAGGUUUCUCUGCUGAUCCGCAGGGAGCUGUUUGAACGAGCCAAAGACUUCAACAUCAUCCUGGACGACGUGGCCAUCACCGAGCUCAGCUUCAGUCGAGAGUACACCGCCGCCGUGGAGGCCAAACAAGUCGCCCAGCAGGAGGCGCAGCGAGCUCAGUUUUAUGUGGAGAAGGCCAAACAGGACCAGAGGCAGAAGGUCAUCCAGGCUGAAGGAGAAGCUCAGGCUGCCAAGAUGCUGGGCGAAGCUGUGACGAAGAACCCAGGCUACCUGAAGCUCAGGAAGAUCCGGGCGGCGCAGAACAUCGCCAAGACGGUGGCGCAGUCCCAAAACAGGGUGUACCUGAACGCCGACAGCCUGGUGCUCAACCUGCAGGACAGCGACAAGUUCAAUUUGUCGCUGAAGAAGUAAGAAGACGCGUCCUCCCUGUCGGUUUGUCGUCUUUCCUUCAGUUCCACUCCCACAAAGUAAAUCCUGACCCAGGUUUAUCUGUGAAUCAGUCAAACGCUGCCUGAUCUGUGAGUAUGUCGUCCAGCAGCUGCCUGACCUGCAGGAUGACAUAUGUUUACAUGUAGAACAGGAGCAGUAACUCACCUCUGUGGUUUUAUUUUGAAAGGUUCCUCUGGUGUCGGUAAAACGCUGAUUCUCUGGUUUUGGUUCUCGUCCAAUGAGCUUCUGCAUCUUCCUGCAAGGUCACGUCAAACCGUUCGACCUUGAAAGUUUUCUAUGCACUUUUCUAUUUUUCUCGUAGAUGUGUCUCACUUCACGUGUCCACAUAAAAAGCAGGACAUUCACAGGACUUAUCUGAUGAAGGGUUUACAAAGGAAAGUCAGAGUUUUACCAACAGCAGAGGAAGUUUAAAGGCUCAGUUCUGUUAACAUCGCUGGAAUCAUACGACAGAGUCUUCGGCCACUGUUUGGGGUCGUGUCGAGAAUAAAGUGAUGAUGCGACAGAAAAAAGUGCUAAGUCACACAUUCAUGAGGGAAAAGUCCUAAUUUCUAAGAAUAAAGUUCUCACACUACCAGAGCUUUCAACACAACAUUCAUUCAUUUUCCCUCAAUCUCAGGUGUUUUUUCUAAAACCCUAAAACUAAGAACUUAGUCCUAAGUGCAUUAUCUGUCCACGCUGACGGUUGUGGUUUUGUUUGGGGCUUUAACUGCUAUUCUACUGUUUUCUAGUUGAACCCAGUGGUUAGAGAAUGUAGAAGUUAGAACCAGACAAUCACUUUUAAAUGAAUCUAAUUCAUUAUGACAGAAUUUUCUGUUGUUGACAGACCAGCUGUUCGAUCCCUUGCUUCAGCUGUAGAAAUGUCUCAGUGCAGCUCACAUCAGUGAAAGUAAAAUCAGAAACUCUCAGCUUGGAUAAACCUCUUUGUUGGCCAUGGGAAAUAUGUUUUAAUGAUUUGGGUGAACUGACAGUUGGAAUGAUUGAUGUGUGUAACAGACUUUGGUUUCCUGGUCUGAAGAGAAGGUUUAAACCUGUCGAUAUAGAUCCUAUCAGUUUGGAGGAAGCAGAGCAGCAGCUGGACUCGACCGUGUCUGUUUGACUUUCAGCAGAUUUACUUUUCCUCUUGAGGACGACUCUGUCUCUGCUCAGACUCUGACGGACACACACAAACGUUUGGCUUUGCCCGGCGGUGUCGUACCCACACUGCUCCUCCUGCAAACACGGGCCGGUGCGUCUGAUUGUCGCCGUGACGCCGAGCUUCUCGCCACUGUGCCUUUGUGACCUGACAGUUUGUAAAAACUGAUCUCUGCUUCUUCUCUUCCUCUCUGGCCGCGGGUUUACGACGGCACACGCUGCUCGCUCUGAUGCGACGCGUGACAGAGGAAGAAGUUUAGAGAAGAAGAAAUUCAGACGUUUAACAUUCGUGGUCAGUUUUUCAUCAUCAGAGGAAAAAGGAAGUUGCUUAUUUCUCUUUGUUGCUGAGAGAGAAAUGAGAAGAUUGAGAUCACACAGGUGAAGCAGCACUGAGUUUAUUCACUAACGAACCUACGGAAAAACCACAGCAUGUGAUUUAUUCCAUCUUUGCUUUUCUUAUCUACUGAUAUUUUUUUGUUUGAUAAAAACCACAGAAGUUAAUUUUACAGAUCAGUGACUGAAACAAGGCUGUUAAACUUUAGAGUUUCAGCCUGCAGCUUCAGCUUUACUGUACACACACGAGACAGACACAGUACAGGACGAGUCCGUUUGGUGCUGCUGGGUUUGAACCUGUGGCGUUCAGGGAUCGGGUCAGAGACGUCCUCAGCAGGUGGAGGCUGCAGCGGCUCGCUCACAGCAGCUUCUGUGUUUUGUAAGAUUUCACUAAUGAACAUUGUUGAGUCAUGAUCCUUAAUACCAGCGAGUAUGUGUGUCAGCAGACCGACCACACACACACACACAGAGCCACCUUUGUUUUGUUGACAUGAGAAGCUUGUAUGUUCUGUAUGUUCUGUAUGUUUGUCUGACUCUGAGUCAGCGCUCAGACGUUUGCUCCUGAAGGUUUGAGCAGUAGCUGAAUGGAGAUCGUCAGCUCGUGGAUGUUUUUCUUCUCCUUACAUCUGAGAAGACUCAGUCCUUACUUUGGAUCAGAGACGUUAGAUUCACCUGAAAUGAAUGAUUGUAGAGUUUGUUUCUCUGUCUGUGACGGUGAAGUUUCCAGUGUGGUCGAACCCUGAUGUAGAACAUAAUAAAUAGAACAUGUACAGAAUGAAGUGAUAAUACGUCUCUUCAUGCUGGAAGUGAUCACAGUUCUUCUACAAAACCCAGUUUUUAUUUCACAAAAAAAGCCAAAGCUGUGCAAUAUUGAAUUUUAUGUGUAAACAUGAGAAGCUGAAGCAGAAUUUUACAUCUGUCAGAAUGAUGAUUUAAAUCAGAGAAGUCAUCAGGGUUAAGAAUAUUACCAAAGAAAGAAUUCAGUGUCAGUGCUGUAGUUUAAAGUUAAUUACACUUUGCAGUGGAGUCGUUUCAGUGUCCAACCUGAGGCAGGUGUGAGCAGGAAGUCAUGUGACUUUAACAGCUAACGCAGUCUGUUUCUGGGAGUUUUGAGUUUGAUGAACUUGUUACCUGUAAAUGGAACAGAAAACUGCUGCAUCAGCACAGACGUGUGUGAUGAGGAUUGUUUAUUCCUUUACACAUCGUCUGGCAGACUCCUCCCUCUUUCAUGACCCUUCCAUGACCAACCUUCGCCGCUGGCCGAUGGUAUGAUUCCUGUGUUAUGUGUGUAAUAACAGAACAGAGUCACCUUCACUGAUUUCUUGUAUGUAAAUGUGACUUUCAGACGGUUUCCUGCUGUAAAGCCGACCUACACAUGACAGGUGCUGAAUAUUCAUGCAGACACCGUCUGUCUGAGCCACUCUCCUUCUUUUCCACACAGGAUGAGCUUUAUCUUUAUCCUUUGUUCAGUGUUUUUCUCUGUUUCUCUCAUUUUUAAUCCUUUUUCAAAUAAACUGCAUCUCUGGCAGAGACAGCUUCCUCAC